AUGCGCGCCGCCCACGAGUCCCACCCCAUGCGACGUGCUAGGGCUCCGGAGCCCGCGCGCUCCCCCUUGUGGCCGCUGGCUGCCUCUGCAGGGUGCCGGUCCCGAACUCCUGGCUCCCCUCUGCGCUCUCCUGGCUGCCCCGACGCCGCCAGGCCACACGCUGUACUCCUGCAGGUUCCAGUCUGGGAUGAGCAGCUGGGGAGGGCUGCCGAGGCCUGGGCCACCCAGUGCAUCUGGGUACAGGGACCUUCACAGCUGAUGAGAUACGUGGGCCAGAACCUCUCCAUCCAUUCUGGCCGGUACCAUUCUGUGGUGGAUCUCGUGAAGUCCUGGUCUGAGGAGAUGCGGCAUUACUUGUUUCCGGCCCCGAGGGACUGUAACCCACACUGCCCAUUAUGGUGUAGUGGUGAGAUCUCGGCUCACUUCACACAGAUGGUGUGAGCAUCCUCCAAUCGGCUGGGCUGCGCCAUCCACACCUGUAAUAGCAUCAGUGUCUGGGGCAGCAUCUGGCAUCAGGCAGCAUACCUGGUCUGCAACUACGCCGUUAAGGGCAACUGGAUUGGCGAGGCCCCAUACAAAAUGGGAAAGCCGUGCUCCACCUGUGCCCCCAGUUACCAAAGCAGCUGCAAUAGCAACGUAUGCUUCUCUGGGCUGAAAUCCAAUACAGGUAUUGAUCGACUUACGACCUAUGCAACUUACAACCAUUUGACUUUACGACCACAAUCGCUAGCCACGACUGCUCCACAUCUGGCAGCGCAAACGUUGCCCAGCUGGGCAUACGACAGUGCGGACCAGCUUCCGGCAGCACUACCAUCUCUGCGUGCACCAUUUCAACUGUACAUAUAG